AUGUCAAAGAUUUUGGCCGAAAGUUACACUAACGAGAAGUUCGAAUAUCUUCAAAAAAGAUUUUCCAAAUACAUAGAAACGGAGAUAAUGAUCCGAGACAUUUCCUCUGAAGAGGAUAUUGAUUGCAUUUUUGCUUACAUUCAAGAUAAAAAUGUCGAAAUCCCUUUCGUCUUACAUUGCAUUAACGCAUUUUCACCAGAAAACAAAUUGCAUAUCAAAACAUAUGCAGAGUUGUUCUUUAAACUUUACGAUACCUACAAAUUUCCAAUAUACAAUAAUAACAACAGAGCACUUGCUUCCUUAUUCUACCACAAGUACAAGAUUCCAUACAUGGAAACAUAUUACAACAGGAAAUACACGCCAGAUGAUCCAGAACAAAUUUACGAUGUAUUCGAGAAAAAUUCCAUUAAUUAUUACAUCAUUAGAGAUGAUUUAGAAGGUCUCAAGACCAUCCCCAACCUUACACCCAACAAGCAUCCCAUCAAAUUCGAAUUAACUCCACUCCACAUUGCCUGUGACUAUGGAGCAGAAAAAUGUUUCUUUUACAUGUUGGAAAAAGGUGCAACAAUUGAUUACCAAUGCCUUGAAUUUGCUAUCAGUUCAAAGAACAGAAAGAUUAUUGAAGAAAUCCUUAAACAUCAUGAGCUGACACAAGAUCAUUGGGAGAGAUCAACACGUCAAUUUGAUUUCGAAUUUUUCAAGUUCAUUGAUUCGAAAUAUCACGGAGAAAAGAAAAUGCAAUGGACAUUGAUGAAUGCUGAUUUAUUAACAACAUUCUAUUUCUAUUGUUUCUAUGCAAAUGAUGAAUACACGAGGACACAAGUUUUAUUGAAAAUUUUGAGUUUUCCUGUCAUUGAUUUUUUGAAUUACUUUUUUGUCGAAGAGAAAAACGACAUAAAAAGGGAUUAUUCACGAGCAGAUCCUGUUGAACAAGUAACAAGAACAUGUGAUAUGAAUUAUAUAAGAAAAGUAUUUGAUAUGGGAUUAUCCCUUGAACCUAUUUUUGAUACAAAUGCUUUGUUUUAUGCUGCUGAAGUUGAUAAUGAAGAAUUAGUUGAUUUUUAUGUCGACAAAAAAAUCGAUUUAAAUAAUUUUGAUGAAGAAUGUUGUUCUUGUUUACAUAAGGCUGUUUUUUAUGGUUCACAAAGAACAAUGAUUCAGUUAAUGGAUAAAUACAAAUUACCUGUUGAUUUCUGUAAUGAUGCAUUAAAAACUCCUUUGUUUGAAGCAGAACAUCCAAAAAUUGCAAAAAUUUUAUUAGAUAGAGGUGCUAAAAUUAAAGUUAAAUUAGAUACAGGUUAUAUGCUGUUAAAAGAUGCUGUAAUGAGAAAUUAUGAUAUUACGGAAUUUUUAGUGAAAAAUGGUGCAGAAAUACCAAAUGAUAUAUUCGAAGAAAUGGUUGAAGAAUGUAUGCCUGAUGAUGAUGAUCAUGCGAAAACAAUUCUGUUGUUGGGAGGAAAAAUUCCAAAAGAUUAUAACUCUUUUUAUAAAGUAAUAGAAGAGAAUUUGGUUAAAAGCAUUGAAGCGUUUAUUAAAGUUGGAUAUGAUCCGAACAGGAAAUCAAAAGAUUUUCCUUGUCCACUUUAUAAUUGGAUGUGCAGACAAAUUAAACCUGAAGCUUUUGAAGCAUUACUUAAAAAUGGUGCUGAUCCAAAUGCUACUUUUAGAAACUUACCGAUGCUGCAUAUAGCAAUGAUUGCAAAGAAUGAUGAUUACGUAAGAAUUCUUCUUCAAAAUGGUGCAAACCCGAAUUCAACAGGAUUGAAAGGAAAUGCUUUACAAUUGGCUAUUGAUACCAAAUUUAAUAUCAAAACAUUUUUGAAGUAUGCAAAAGGUUUUAAUUUCAACACAAAAGUUAUUGAGUUGCCGCUGAUGUUUUACUUGGUCAAACACAACAUGGUUGAAGAAAUAUCAAUUGCUUUGAAUCGUGGCGCAGAUCAUGAAAUUAAAUAUAAAGGUUUGUCACCUUUUUUAUAUGCUGUCAAAAUUGAUGCGAGGAAAGAAACUCUGAAAGUGUUGAUUGACAACAAAUGCGACACAUUGGCAAAGGAUGCGGAUGGAAGAAAUGCAUUACACAUUGCUAUAAAAUGUGUUCCAAAAACUGUUAUUUUGAAGAAUUUGAUCGAAUUAGUUCCGAAUUUGGAAGAAUUGAAGAAAGAUAAAGAUAAUGCAGGGUUGAAUCCAUUCGAAUAUGUUCUGGUGUACAGAUCUAAACCUGCUACAAUCAAUUUAGCCUAUGACAAUCUGUUUUGUGAUGUCGAUUUUGAUAAUAUCCCACAAAAUAGAUUUUCCGCUGCAAUACAUUUGGUUUAUAAUUGUUUGAAAGAAUAA